AUGACCAUGGCCGGUGGCAGGAAGGGACUGGUGGCCCCGCAAAACACAUUUCUGGAGAAUAUUGUCCGGCGGUCCAAUGAUACUAAUUUUGUGUUGGGGAAUGCCCAGAUAGUGGACUGGCCCAUCGUGUACAGCAAUGAUGGAUUUUGCAAGCUGUCUGGCUAUCACAGGGCGGAAGUGAUGCAAAAAAGCAGUACCUGCAGUUUUAUGUACGGGGAGCUGACUGAUAAAGACACCAUUGAAAAGGUGCGGCAAACGUUUGAGAACUAUGAGAUGAAUUCCUUUGAAAUUUUGAUGUACAAGAAGAACAGGACACCUGUGUGGUUCUUUGUGAAAAUUGCUCCAAUUCGAAAUGAACAGGAUAAAGUGGUUUUAUUUCUUUGCACUUUCAGUGACAUAACAGCUUUCAAACAGCCGAUUGAGGAUGAUUCAUGUAAAGGCUGGGGGAAGUUUGCUCGGCUGACCAGAGCACUGACAAGCAGCAGGGGUGUCCUACAGCAGCUGGCUCCCAGCGUGCAAAAAGGCGAGAACGUCCACAAGCACUCCCGCCUGGCCGAGGUUCUGCAGCUGGGCUCAGACAUCCUUCCCCAGUACAAGCAAGAGGCACCAAAGACUCCCCCUCACAUCAUCUUACAUUAUUGUGUUUUCAAGACCACGUGGGAUUGGAUCAUCUUGAUCUUAACCUUCUACACAGCCAUCCUGGUCCCUUAUAAUGUCUCCUUUAAAACCAGGCAGAACAACGUGGCCUGGUUGGUUGUGGAUAGCAUCGUGGAUGUUAUCUUUUUGGUGGACAUUGUGCUGAAUUUUCAUACCACUUUUGUUGGACCAGCUGGGGAGGUGAUUUCCGACCCCAAACUCAUCCGCAUGAACUAUCUGAAGACGUGGUUUGUGAUUGACCUUCUGUCCUGUUUGCCAUAUGAUGUCAUCAACGCUUUUGAGAACGUGGAUGAGGUUAGUGCCUUUAUGGGUGAUCCAGGGAAGAUUGGUUUUGCUGAUCAGAUUCCACCACUCCUGGAGGGGAGAGAGAGUCAGGGCAUCAGCAGCCUGUUCAGCUCUCUGAAGGUUGUCCGGCUGCUCCGUCUGGGGCGAGUGGCCCGGAAGCUGGACCACUACAUUGAAUAUGGAGCAGCCGUGCUGGUCCUGCUGGUGUGUGUGUUCGGGCUGGCUGCUCACUGGAUGGCCUGCAUUUGGUACAGCAUCGGGGACUAUGAGAUCUUCGACGAGGACACCAAGACCAUCCGCAACAACAGCUGGCUCUACCAGCUGGCGAUGGACAUUGGCACCCCUUACCAGUUUAAUGGGUCCGGCUCAGGGAAAUGGGAAGGGGGUCCCAGCAAGAAUUCUGUGUACAUCUCUUCGUUGUAUUUCACCAUGACCAGCCUCACCAGUGUGGGCUUUGGGAACAUCGCCCCAUCCACAGACAUCGAGAAGAUCUUUGCAGUGGCCAUCAUGAUGAUUGGCUCACUUUUGUAUGCCACCAUCUUCGGGAACGUGACCACCAUUUUCCAACAGAUGUACGCCAACACCAACAGGUAUCAUGAGAUGCUCAACAGCGUCCGGGACUUCCUGAAGCUCUACCAGGUUCCCAAGGGACUGAGCGAGCGAGUCAUGGAUUACAUCGUGUCUACCUGGUCCAUGUCCAGAGGCAUCGACACAGAGAAGGUCCUGCAGAUCUGCCCCAAGGACAUGAGAGCUGACAUCUGCGUGCACCUGAACCGCAAGGUGUUCAAGGAACACCCGGCCUUCCGGCUGGCCAGCGACGGCUGCCUGCGGGCACUGGCCAUGGAGUUCCAGACAGUGCACUGCGCCCCAGGGGACCUCAUCUACCACGCAGGAGAGAGUGUCGACAGCCUCUGCUUUGUGGUCUCCGGCUCCCUGGAGGUGAUCCAGGAUGACGAGGUGGUAGCCAUUCUAGGGAAGGGAGACGUGUUUGGAGACGUGUUCUGGAAGGAAGCCACCCUUGCCCAGUCCUGUGCCAACGUCAGGGCCUUGACCUACUGUGACCUGCAUGUGAUCAAGCGGGACGCCCUGCAGAAAGUGCUGGAAUUCUACACAGCCUUCUCCCACUCCUUCUCCCGGAACCUCAUUCUCACCUACAACUUGAGGAAGAGGAUCGUGUUCCGGAAGAUCAGCGAUGUGAAACGGGAGGAGGAAGAGCGCAUGAAACGGAAGAAUGAGGCCCCCCUGAUCUUGCCCCCGGACCACCCUGUCCGGAGGCUCUUCCAGAGGUUCCGACAGCAGAAGGAGGCCAGGCUGGCCGCGGAGAGGGGCGGCCGGGACCCGGACGACCUGGAUGUGGAGAAGGGCAGCAUCCUCACCGAGCACACCCACCACGGCCUGGUGAAGGCCAGCGUCGUCACCGUCCGCGAGAGCCCUGCCACGCCCGUGGCCUUCCCCGCGGCCGCCGCAUCCACGGGGCUGGACCACGCCAGGCUGCAGGCGCCACCGGGGGCCGAGUGCCUGGGCCCCAAGGCUGGUGGGGGUGACUGGGCCAAGCGCAAGGGCUGGGCCCGCUUCAAGGACUCCUGCGGGAAGGCUGAGGACUGGAGCAAGGUGUCCAAGGCCGAGUCCAUGGAGACGCUCCCCGAGAGGACAAAGGCGAGCGGCGAGGCCACGCUCAAGAAGACAGACUCGUGUGACAGCGGCAUCACCAAGAGUGACCUGCGUCUGGACAGCGUGGGUGAGGCCAGGAGCCCCCAGGACAGGAGCCCCAUCUUGGCCGAGGUCAAGCAUUCGUUCUACCCCAUCCCUGAGCAGACACUGCAGGCCACCGUCCUGGAGGUGAAACACGAGCUGAAAGAGGACAUCAAGGCCUUGAACACCAAAAUGACGAACAUUGAGAACCAGCUCUCUGAGAUACUCAGGAUAUUAACUUCCAGAAGAUCCUCUCAGUCUCCUCAGGAGCUGUUUGAAAUAUCGAGGCCCCAGUCCCCAGAAUCAGAGAGAGACAUUUUUGGAGCGAGCUGA